AGCUGCUUCCAGAUCUUAGUUCCCCUUCCUUCCUCCUGAGCAAAGCAGCCGCUCCCCAGUCUCUCCUCCUGGGCAUCAUCCAGGCAGCAGGGCCUACCAGCUACACGGUGGGCACCAUGUCGGAGCGCUUUGACUGCCACUAUUGCCGGGACAACUUGCACGGGAAGAAGUAUGUGCAGAAGGAAGGCCGCCACUGCUGCAUCAAGUGCUUCGAGAAGUUCUGCGCAAACACCUGUGCUGAGUGCAAGAAGCCCAUCGGGGCCGAUUCCAAGGAGCUGCAUUUCAAGAACCGCUACUGGCACGAGAACUGCUUCCGCUGCUUCAAGUGCUCCACGUCUCUGGUCAACGAGCCCUUCAUGCUGAAGGAGCACAACAAAGUGUGGUGUAACAAGUGCACCAUGGAUCAGGCCCCCCACUGCAAGGGCUGCCAGAAGCCCAUCGUGGCAGGUGACCAGAAUGUGGAAUACAAGAAGACUGUCUGGCACAAGGAGUGCUUCACCUGCAGCCACUGCAAGCAGGUGAUUGGCACCGCCAGCUUCUUCCCCAAGGACGACGAGAUUUACUGCACCUCCUGCCAUGAGCAGAAAUUUGCCAAGACCUGUGUGAAGUGCAAGCAGGCCAUCACCUGCGGAGGGGUCGCCUACCAGGAGCAACCGUACCACUCCGAGUGCUUUGUGUGUGCCACCUGCUCCAAGAAACUGGGAGGGCAGCGCUUCACAGCUGUGGAGGAUCAAUUCUACUGCGUUGAUUGCUACAAGUCCUUUGUGGCCAAGAAAUGCAGCGGUUGCAAGAACCCCAUCACAGGUUUCGGGAAAGGCACCAACGUGGUCAGCCAUGAAGGCCACUCCUGGCACGACUACUGCUUCAACUGCAAGAAGUGCUCCAUCCCGCUGGCCAACAAGCCCUUCGUCUUUCACAGCGAGCAAGUCUACUGCCCCACCUGCGCCAAGAAGCUGUAAGGGGCGGAGCCAGGGGCAAAGGGGGGGCGCGGCCUCACCUCUUCCCUGGAGGGGCUUGAUCCGUGUGCUUGGAGAAAACCUGCCCACUCUCCUGCCCACAUUUUUGGCUUCCCCAU